CGUCAGUGUCUCUCAAAGACGCCUUCUUGUGUGCGUUUGAAGAAGCUCCUGAGCUCCGUAGUGCUGAAAGGACAGCUCCUCCGCCCUCUGACAUCUGCAGAUAUGUUCACCAGGAUGUUAAAACUGAGACUUCUCAAUGCUGUAGCACCUGCAUACUUUUUCAUGGCUACAGCGGUCACCUUCAUUUUGCACUUUGGCUUCUUCAUCCCAACAAUUUUCCCAAGUCCAGGUACAUCACUGCAGGGGUCUACAGUUCUUCAUACAGUUGUGUUCCUUUUCUUGAUGUUCAAUGCAUUGGGGAACUACAUAAUGACUAUUAUAUACCCAGCUGAAAGUGCAGAGACUGUGAUUCCAGUGUGUUCACCACACUGCUCGGAUAAAGUGGACGCGCACUACCUCCUCAACGGCCGUCACUUCUGCAAACUUUGCAAGAAAGUUAUUCUCAAGAGGGAUCACCACUGUUUUUUUACUGGAAACUGCAUCGGCAACAAAAACAUGCGCUACUUCAUCAUGUUUUGCAUCUACACAUCAUGCACAUGUUUAUACUCUUUGGUUCUUGGUGUGGCCUUUCUGACAGUGGAGUACUCCAUCUCUUUUGAGAACCCUCUGACCUUUUUGACUCUUCUCCCUUUCUCCACUGGUUACUUCUUCAUGGGAACAAUCUCAGGCUUGCAGUUGUUCCUGGUGCUGAUGCUCUAUGUGUGGCUGGGCAUCGGUUUGGUGUGUGCAGGUUUCUGUUGUCAGCAGGUGCUGCUGGUUGCCCGGGGGCAGACGUGGUGUCAGAUGCAGAGAGGGCAACUUGCGGAGAAUCACAACCCCUGGAGAGCUAACCUCAAGGAUGUUUUUGGUACCCGCUGGAUCCUUGGCCUUAUACUGCCUGUGCAGACAGCGGAGGUGUGCUCUGAAGACGCAGACGCACAUAAACAGGACUGAUGAAAAAACACAUAUCGUAACGAUAGCUCCCCACAGGUCAAACAAGUGACACAUGUUGUAGAAAAUGCUUUCUAGGGACCCAUGCGGUGAACGAUGUUGAAUAUGGACAGGAUGCUUUUUGACGUUUAAAGUAGUAUGUAAAAUAGCUGUUAGCACACAUUCCUUUAAGGACAGGAGCCAUACAAGCAAUGUGAAAUAAGUGCAUAGUCUAAGUGUAUCCUUUAGAUAGCUUUUUAAAAGGCACUAUUAACACAAAUAAGCUGGUCAUUUUUGGAAAUCCAGCAGUUUUACUCAUACUGAACGCUUCCAUAAAAAUAUAAAGAUGGCUUUGCAUGCCUUCACAGCUUUGCAGUUUUGGAUUAUUUGACAGCCUAUGCCAUGUGGUGCGCUGAGAUUAUCAAAGUGCAUUGUUCUUCCACACAUCCUAUUAAGAUGCUACAAUGCGACAUUCAGGAAACUUUGGGUAGUUUUUAUGACAGUGACUCACGUUUGUCAUUAAGGGCUAUCAGACAAGGAAACAAGUUUGUCUGCAGCAUAAACUGCCAGGCUCGACAAUAAUGUUGUGACAACUGCAUGUUGAGCCUGAUGUACUCUAGUCAAAGUAAUAUGACUCAGUUUGAUGAGGGAGUCCUCCUUUAGAAGAAUGGGUGGGGAAGAUGUAAAGACGAUUAAUAUACUAUUAUCCAGGGUAUUAUUCACAAUGUGCCAUGAAGCCAUGUCUUAUAUGCUUAUAGAUGACCCCAAAGAUGAGGUAUUCACCAUACUGCUAAUAAUAAAGGGGCUCUGCAUAAUAAUAUUAAGGACUUUUCACUGUUAUUCUUCAGCUACAGACACACUGCUCAUGUUAAAGAUGUUUAGGGUUUCAAUAAGUAUAAUUUCUAGAGCUAUUUUCUCUA